AUUAUCAAGAACCUUAAUUGGCUUAGAACAGGGCUGAUGUUGAGCAUAGGGCUUGGAUAAAAUAUAAUCAUAUUUAACAAAUUCUCCUUUUUGAAGGCCAUGAACUGUAAAAUAUUUGUAUAAAUUUAGUUUACGUGGCUAUAUCUAAUGAGUCGCUGUGGAAUAUUUACUUAUAAUGACGUCAACAGCUUAUUAAAUGAUGUGGCUUUUUUAUCUGUGACAAAAUAUUUUUUAUUACAAACAGACUGGCAACACUGCGUUCAAAAAGUUGAAGUAGUAAUAAUAAUAAGUAGAUGCGUAAAGGCGAGGCAAACUGGCAAACUGUACAAAUCAAGCACACAAUCGCGUCGUAACAAAAGUGGAAACCAGUAUCACCUGGUUGUAUCAAACGUUUAGAUAUUGGCAUAAUGUUACUGUUAUGAAAACAAUCGCUUAUUACUAGAAGACGAAAUUUAAACUAUUCGGUAAGCGACCGAACGCCUAAAUAGCUUUACUAUUAUGAACACAACAGCAACCUUCUCUUCAGAAACUUCAUGGAGCAGGCGUUGUUCUACUGAGACGGUCUUCAGCAUACAAGGGAAGGAAACCG